AUGUCCGGUCGCCAUGAGAAAGGCGUCAAUGUCCAAGUGCUAUUACGUUGCAGGCCGUUUAGUAACGAUGAGGUGAAGAACAAUGCACCUCAGGUGGUGACUUGUAACGAGUAUCAGAGGGAAGUUGCGGUUUCACAGAGCAUUGCUGGGAAACAAAUAGAUAGGGUUUUUACGUUUGACAAGGUUUUUGGUCCUACAGCCCAGCAAAAAGACUUGUAUGAACAAGCUGUUAUUCCAAUUGUACAUGAAGUUUUAGAAGGAUUCAAUUGCACCAUUUUUGCCUAUGGACAGACAGGCACAGGAAAAACUUAUACUAUGGAAGGAGAAUGUAAGAGGUCAAAGAGUGGGCCUAAUGGAGAGCUGCCACCAGAAGCAGGUGUAAUACCUAGAUCUGUGCAACAAAUAUUUGACACAUUGGAGGGUCAGAAUGCGGAGUAUAGUGUUAAAGUAACUUUCUUAGAGCUAUAUAAUGAGGAAAUUACCGACUUGCUUGCUCCAGAAGAGAUAUCAAAACUUGGUGUUGAGGAUAAGCAGAAAAAACUAUUGCCACUCAUGGAAGAUGGCAAAGGUGGAGUUCUUGUGAGAGGUUUGGAAGAGGAGAUUGUAACUAGUGCUAGUGAGAUUUUCACAUUACUUGAGAGGGGUUCUGCCAAACGUCGAACUGCAGAGACCUUAUUAAAUAAACAAUCAAGUCGGUCACAUUCACUUUUUUCUAUUACAAUACACAUUAAAGAGUCAACCCCAGAAGGUGAAGAACUUAUCAAAUGUGGCAAACUGAAUCUGGUUGAUUUAGCUGGUUCGGAAAACAUUUCUCGUUCAGGUGCGAGGGAGGGCCGUGCAAGAGAGGCUGGAGAAAUUAAUAAAAGUUUACUUACUUUGGGACGAGUAAUAAAUGCUUUAGUGGAGCAUCUUGGGCACAUCCCUUAUAGAGAUAGCAAGCUCACUCGUCUACUUCGUGACUCAUUGGGUGGAAGGACCAAAACAUGUAUCAUUGCCACUGUAUCACCUGCUGUUCAUUGUCUGGAAGAGACCUUGAGCACAUUAGAUUAUGCCCACAGGGCAAAAAAUAUAAAGAACAAGCCAGAGGUAAAUCAGAAGAUGAUGAAAACAACUCUAAUCAAGGAUCUUUAUGGUGAAAUUGAAAGACUCAAAGCUGAGGUUCAUGCUUCCCGUGAGAAAAGUGGUGUUUAUCUACCAAAAGAGCGAUAUUACCAAGAGGAAGUGGAAAGAAAGGCAAUGGCAGAUCAGAUCGAACAAAUGGGAAUUAAGAUAGAAAACCAACAAAAGCAAUUUCAGGAAUUGCAAACUCAAUUUAAUGCUCGGGUAGAGGAGUGCACUGAUCUGAGCAACAAACUUGAGUCGACACAGAACAACUUGAACCAAACCAAUAAGGUGUUAGCUAAUACUGAGGACACACUGAAGAGAUGUCAAUAUGCUCUCAAGGAGCGAGAUUUUAUCAUAUAUGAACAGAAAAAAGCAGAGAAUGCGUUGGCUCAUCAAGCAUGUGUUCUUCGAUCUGACUUAGAGAAAGCUCUUCAGGACAAUGCAUCAUUAUUUAUGAAGAUUGCAAGAGAGGAUAAACUGAAUGCUGGUAAUAGGUCAGUUGUAAAUAAAUUCGAGUCUGAGCUUGCCCGGGAUGUUGGCUCUCUUUGCAACAUGGUGGCUGCAUCUAUAUCUCAGCAAAACGAACAGCUUCAGUGCAUCGAGAAGUUUUGUCACACUUUCAUCAACAUUAAUGAUCAGGCCAUCACAGACUUGAAGAAAAAAGUAUCUGCAUCGAGGAAUUUGUAUAUUUCUCACAUUGAGGCACUGGAAAAUGUUGUACGUUUGCACAAAGCAAGUGCUAAUGGAAGUUUAGAGGAUAUUUCAGUCUUGGCUUCUUCUAAUGCUCAUUGUGUUGAAGAACUCUUAGCUGAAGAAGCUACAGAAGGACAUGCUAUAUUUGAUGAGCUUCAUGGCUCUUUAUCAACUCAGCAAGGAGAGAUUGCACUUUUUGCUAGAGAGCUCCGAAAGAGAUAUAAUGUCAGCAUCCACCACACAACAAAUAUAUCCGAGUUCAUUCAUGGUAUUUUCGAUAAGCUGAUGGAAGAAUCCAAAGAUCUGGGAAGUCAUGCUAAUCAAGUCGAUGAGAUACAAACAAAGAGUAUUGAAGAGUUUCAGAAGGCAUAUGAGGAGCAAUCAAAAUCUGAUGCACAGAAGCUUAUUGCUGAUGUUACAAGCUUAGUCUCAAAUCAUAUCAGUCGUCAAAAAGAGAUGGUGGAUGCACGUUUAGCUGGUAUCAGAGAAACUGCUGCUGGAAGUAAGACAGUUCUGGAUGGGCAUGUUUCUUCGAUCGAAGGAAUCACAACGGAUGCCAAAAGAAAAUGGCAAGAGUUUUCUUUGCAAGCAGAAACUGAUGCAAAAGACAGUGCUGAAUUUUCUGCUGCUAAACACUGUCGCAUUGAGUUAUUGCUACAGAAAUGUGUUGAUACAACUGAAAUGGCACUGAAGCAUUCCAAAAAGACCCAUGAGUCUGUGACUGACAUGGGUAGAAAACACGUCUCAGCAAUUGAAAUCCUUGUCUCAAGUGCUUCUGGGAGCAAUGAACAUCAUGCUUCUGAGAUUAGUUUUGCAAGGGCCACUGCUGAAGAGGAUGUGUCGAAGAAUAGUAUGGACAUCAUUAAGCACAUGGAGGUUACAUCACAAGAAGAACAAGAGGCUGUUUGUGGAAUUUUAGAAACCACAAAAGCUCAAGCCACUGUUCUUGAAAGUUUACGAGAGAAUCACUCCACGCAAUCUGGUGCAAUACAGCAGAAAGCUUGUGAUACUUUUCAGCAGAAAUAUAUGGAUUAUGAAGCAUCUGGAGAUACUCCUGUAAGAUGUGAGAGUGAUGUCCCAAGUAAGAUGAGUAUAGAGUCGCUUCGAGCAAUGCCAAUGGAAAGUCUUGUGGAGGAAUUCAGGGAAAACCAUUCAAAGGGACCCAAGAUUUCUGCUGCUACUUUGCGAUCGCCCCUUGCAGAAAUCAACAACCAAUGAGGAUCCAUCUGUAGUUGUUAGUGUGUAUAGUGAAAACACGAGGAUAGUGUGACAGGUUCACAUAAUUCCUGCUUGGGAUUCAGAUUCAGAGAUGGGUUUGUUGUGUAUUUUUAUUAGCAUUAUGUAGUAAUGUAAGAUUGUUCAUCACUUGGAGAGAAAAUUUCAAUCAUUUCUUGUAUCACAACAUAUUCAGGUGCUUUUCUUUGACAGCAGAUGC